AUGUUACAGAAAUGGAAAAUUAUCUUAGGAAAUUGGAUUAACUGCUACUUUGAAGAAGACAAUAAAAAGGAUUUUCCUGUGACUUUAGAUUCUCUUGUUAAUAUCAUAUCACACUUAAGAGAAAACUUUAAUUUGGAUGAAUCAAAAUCAGCUUUCCUUGACGCACACACAAUACAAGAGUUUGUCCUUGAAAAAUAUCCAAGUUUCAGAUUUGAAAAUGGCACAGUGGAACCAAUUAAUCAAGAAGAAAUAAACAUGGCAGCUUCUCUUUUACUCUUUUUUGUUUGCAUCAAUUCAAAAGAUGUGGAUAUUAAAAGUGCUAUGUGCAAUAAGCUAAGUGGAAGCGACCAGAAAACAAUUCUAAAGUUCACAAAAUGUCUGAUGGAGUGUUCUAAUAUAUCUUCUUUAGAUGUUUUAACAGCUAUUGCAGAGGCCUGCGGGCAGGAUGUAGCAGCAUCAGAAAUGGAAACUUUUAAGGUGGCGGAAACACCCCCAGCUCUUCGAUCCUUACACAGCGAAGUAAGGCGAUUGCAAGCUGCAUUGGAUGCUGAGCGGUUUGAUAGAAAUUACUUACAGGAAGAAUUGGCUAGAACAAAUCUGAAGAUGGAGAAACUUUUGAAAGAUAAGGAGCAAUACAAGCAAGACAUAGUCAAUCUGAAGGCAAAAAUAUCUUGCUGUGGACAAGAAAAUGAAUCUAAGGCAGAAACUUCUAGCAUUAACUCAGCCAAGUUAUCCAAACAGUUGGAAGAAACAGAAGAUAGGUUGGUCAGUGUCCAGGAGCGAUUAGAUGAUGUGCAAUAUGAGCGGGAUGUAUAUAAAAAUAAGCUAGAUGAAUUGAAACAUGAACGAGAUAAAUGGUUCACAAUAAGCCAACAAGAGUCUAACAGAGUGGCACAAUUAGUAGACGAGUUGGAAACAGAGCGUCAUCAUGUGCAUUCUCUAAAGGAGUUGGUCACAGAACUGAGACAACACAACAGAUUGAACGGCCUCGACUCAAGUCAGCUAGAAUGCGACGAUUUGGAUGUCAGUGCGCAUUCUUUACCGCACAAUGCAUCCGUAUGCAGUGAAGCAUGUGCUAAUGUCAUAGAAGUUCAGCUCAGUGAAGAGCGCGCCAAAAUAGUCCUUCUAAAGCAGCAGAUGCAGAUGUUGCAGGAUCAACUCAAUGACUUAACAAAAAAGUCUGAAGAAGACCACCGAAACUUGACAUAUAUUAUUGCAGAAAAGGAUACUGAUAUUUUUAAUUUAAAACAUCGUAUCAAUGAGGAAAUAGAAGAUAAAAAUGCGUUAAAAUUACAUUACGAUAAUGAAGUCACCAAGUUAAAUAAUGAAGUAAACGAACUAGAACAACGAUUGCGAGAUACCGGCGAGAAUUCUAGAAGGAUUAUUGAUUCUAAAAUGAAGGAAAUUCAAACUCUACAGGAGGAAAAAAUGUCUUUAUUACAAAGCUUAUCCGAUGAGAUCACUAAAUUUGAAAAUAUAAUUAAAGAUCUCAAAGCUGAUAUUGAUUCUGAAAAAACUUCUAAACACAAUAUGCGAGAAGAAUAUGAAAAACAAAUGAUGAAAUUAAAAGAAAAAGUUUCUAACAGAAAUAAUGAAUUGGUUGAAUUACAAAAUAAAAUAUUUGAAAAGGGUGAAAUGAUUGAAAUUCUACAAUGUGACUUAAGAAAGGAAAAAGAAAUAUCCAAUAAAUAUAAUAAUGAUGUAACAAAUUUAACUACUCAACUGCAAGCUUAUGAAAAUGAUUUGAGAAAAAAAGCAGAAGAAGUUUCAGAGCUUCAGCAAGAAAUACAGCAAUACACAGCAUAUAAUGAAAAAUUAAAUAUAGACUUACAACAUGUAAAUUCUUGUCUUGAGAAAUCUAAUGAAGAUUGUAAAAUUUUAGAAGAACAUAACAAUAAACUGAAAGUUGAACUUAAAAAUCGUGAUGUCAAAAUUGAGAAAAUUCUUAAAGAUAUUGAGAACCAAGAAAUUAUUAAUAAUGAAGAAAAAAAGAAAUUACAAUACAAUUUAGAUGAAAUCAAUGCUACAGUAGAUGCCUUAAAGAGCCAAUUGCAAAACGAAAUUGAGUACAAAAUUGGAAUCCAAAAUGAACUCGAAGAAGUAAAGGUUGCUAAUGAUAAAUUAAUUGAAGAUAUAGGUCAAUGUAACUCUGAGUUGACUAAAACAAUUGCACAUAAGCAAGAUUUGGAAAAAUUAUUGGCAGAAGAAAAAGAAGGUAGUGAGAAUCUAAAACAGAAAUGUACUGAAUUAAAAAAUGCUGUUGAACAGUUAAAUAUAAAUGUCAAUGAAAAAGAUUCAAUGAUAACAUUGACAAAGAAGGAUUUGGAUGAAGCAAAAACUCAUUUUGAUGAACAACGUGUUAAAAUGAAUGAACUUAUUGAUUCAUUCAAAAUUAAAUUAAAACUUGAAAGAUCUGAGAAAAAUGAUUUAAAGCAAAAAUUUGAUUGUGUAGAGAAAGAAAAAAUGGACUUAGCUGUGACAUUAAGGGAAAAGAAUGACAUUGUUGCUGAACUGCAGAUGGAACUCGAAACAUUAUCUCACAAAGCUAAGGAAAAUGAAACAAUUAUAAAGAAUUUAGAAGAUAAUCUAUCAGAGAAAACAAAAACAUUAGAAAAUGUAAGAAUCGAUUAUGACAUGGAAACCAACAAACUAGUAACUAAAAUAAAUGACAUGAACAAAACUUUAAAGGACCUUCAAUUGACAUCAAAUAAUACUAUUCAAUCCAAAGAUUUGCAAAUUGAUAAAUUAAAUCUAGAUAUCGAGAAGCUACAUUCGACAUUACAAAGUGAACAUAAAAAGAUGGCGCAUAUUGAUAAUGAAAAGAUGAUUUUAAUUCAACAGCUGGAACAAGUUAAAGUAUACAAAGACAACAUUGAAAAAGAGCAUUUGAAUAAGAGCGCUCUAUUCAAUAAUCUUAGCAAAGAGCUUAAUGAAGAGAUAGUGGCAAAAAAUGAGACAAUUGAUAAAUUGAAAAAUGAACUUGAAAAUGUAUUGGAAGAUAAUAAAAUCAAAGUAGAAGAAAUUAAAACUUUACAAUUGAAUAUAGAGGAAGUAUGUGCAAAUAAUAAAGAAUUAUAUGACAAAAAGGAUUUGGACAUUAAAGAAUUGUGCUUGAAAGUUCAAAAUCUAGAAGCUUUGCUUACAAAGUCUCAGGAAGAGUUGAAAAUGGCUGUUGAUAAUAAUGCUCAAGUAAUUGAAACUUUGCAAAAAGAAAACAUCCAACUGCACUACACUAAAGAAGAAGAUAACAGCACACAUGAAUUAAUGAUAAAAGAAAAAGACAAAGUGAUCGAAACUCUAGAAAUAGAACUUAAAAAUAAAGCAGAUAUGUUAAAUGAUUUACAAAAAGAUUUUGGACGCGAAAAGCUUCUUUGGGAACAACUAAAAAUUGACAUACAAGAGCAAAUUAGCAUUAAAACUGAUCAAAUCAAGGAACUGACAGAGAAAGCUCUUAUUAAUCAAACACAAUUAGAAGAAAAAGAAGUAAUCUUAAAAGCUAUGGAUGCGCAAAUAAACUGUUUAAGAGAUGAGAAAUUAAAAUUAACCAUUGAAAUAGAUUGUCUGAGAAAUACUUAUAAUGAAAGUGCUCAUAGUAAUGACGUUUUGAAAAAUAAUUUGAAUAAAGAAAAAGCUGAAAGAGAAACUGUAGAAACUAAAACACAAUACUUAAUUCAAGAAAAUCAGACCUUAAUUCAAAAGAUAGAUCAAAUUGAAGAUAGUUACAAAAAAGUUAUAUAUGAAAGAGAUAGUUUAUUAAAUGAGAAAGCAAUUUUAGUUCAACAGCUCAUGGAGGAAAAAUCUAUUUUAAAAAUAGCAGAUGAAGGAAAAGAAGCACUGUUAUUGGAGAAAAGAAAAGUAGAAUUACAAUUAAAAGAACUUCAAGAAAUUAAAAACACACUAAUACAAGAGAAAGAAUGUUUGACUCAACAAUUAGUUGAUGAAAGACUUUCGAAAGAGUUAGCUGAAAAAGAAAAAGAAAGUUUGAAUAUAGUUAAAGCUGAAUUAGAAGGCAAAUUAAAUGCAGAAAUAAUUGCCCGAACUGAAUUUGAAGAGAAAAUUUAUAGUCUAUCAAAGGAAAUCGAAAAUGUUAUGAAAGAUAAAGAACAUAAAAAUGUUAUGAAUAUAGAAUUGCAAAAAGAUAUUAGUAAUUUGAAACAAAAGAUAAAUAUAUUAGAAAAAGAGAAUAAUCAUUUGACCAUUGAAAUAGAAUCUCUUAAAAACAAUCUGCUAGAAUAUGAAAAGAACCAAGAAUUAUUAACACAAGAAACAACUGCUCUUGUUAAUGAAAAAGAAACAUUAACGGACCAUCUUGAUAAAUUAAAACUUGACUGUGAAAAAGUAAAGUCAGAAAAUAUGGCUUUAGAGGAAAAAGUGCAGGAAAUUACGAACACUUGGUCUUCUGAAGUGAACAACAAGCAAGAACAAAUAAAGCAAAUGUCAUUGGAUUUAAAUUCUUUGAAAUCUGAUUACAAAACGCUUGAGGAAGAUAAUUCAAAAAUCGUCACUGUCUUAAAUUGUGGUUUAAACAAAGUUAUCGACAAUAUAAAGCGAGAUGAAGUAUGUUCUAAAAUAUUAGAAAAAUAUGAUAGUAUUGAAAAAGAAAAUACACUUGAAAAUUGCGAUGUUAUUUUCAAAAUCAUCAGUGAUUUGAGUUCACAGUUAAAUUUAAAAAAAAAUUUGGAGAAAGCUUUAGAAGAUGAAGACUUGGUCAUCAAAGGGUUAUCAGAAAAGGUUAAACAAAAGGAAAUGCAAAUUUCUCAGUUUGAAGUUGAGGUGCAGAAUCUUAAGAAAGUUAUAGAUGAUUCUAGAACAGAAACGGCAAAACAAAAAGAAACAUAUACCAGUCUACUCGAAACGAAAACGCAAGAUAUUCUACAAUUAAAAAUAGAAAAUGAUUCUCUUAAUCAUGAGUUAAACGACUUAAGACAACAGUUAGACAUUAAAGUGCAUUCACUGAAGGAUAAAUUGGUAGAUAAUGAAAAUUUAACUGAAAAAUUAAAGAAAACAUACGAUUGCCAGAUUGAUAAUCUCAAUAUGAUGGUUUCUAAACUCACAAAUUAUUUGAAAGAAAAGACAAUGGAGCUUGAGUCAGUGAGGAAUGAAAAGGAAAAGUUACAAUAUUUGGUAGAAGAGAACAAUACAGUAAUCAAGUCUCUAGAAGAUGAAUUAAAAGUGCAAAAACAAAAUCAGGAAAAAUUAAUAUCAGAUUUCGAAUCAGAAAGGAAUGUACUUAAAAAUAUGGUAUCUGUUAUUGAAUCAAUGAUGGAAGAUCAAAAAAUUAACUUGAAUAAAACAAUUUCUGAACACAUAAAAACUAAUGAAAUAUUCGAAAAUGAAGUAAAAAUAUUGAAAGAUACAAUUGAUAAUGAAAAAACUAACUUUGAUAUGAAAUUAAAAGAAAAAGAAGAUUUAUUUAACAAUAACAUUGGAAAGCUAAAUAUGGAAUUAAUGAGUUUACAUAAAGAAAAAGAUGAUAUUAAAAAAGAUUUUGCAUCGCAAAUUGAAGUACUUAAAAAUAAAAUUAUUGAAUUAGAAGAAGAUGUUGUAGAAAAAGCCAAAUGUAUAGACACAAUCAUGAGUGAAAAUAAAGAGUUGAAUGAAAAAACAAUAACCUUUGAAAUAAAAACAAAAGAAUAUGAACAAAAUAUACUUUUAUUAGAAGAAAAAAAUAAUGAAAUAAAAAGAAAUAAUGAUACCAAUGAGACAGAAAUAGUGAAUAAAAUGAAACAGCUAAAAAAUGAAUUAGAAAUACUAGUUGAACGUUCAAAUGUAUUAAAUACUGAGGUUGUAAAUAAAUCAAAAGAAAAUGGCGUACUGCAAGAAAACUUAUGGAAACUUGAAGAUCAAGUAUUAAAUUUGGAAAAGGACAAAAGAGAUGUAGAAGCAGAAAAUGCGGAAUGCUUAAAUGAAAUUACUGAGUUAAAUGCAAGCUUAGAGAAGUUUGUGGAAGAGAAUAAAGUAUUGAAGGAUAUGAAGAAUGAAAACAUACAACUGCUCAAAAUGGCAGAUGAAAAAGAUUUAGAUAUUGCAAAACUGGAGAAACGCCUCAAAUUCGAAUUAGAUAGACAAAAACAAAUCAACGAACAAGAGAAAGUUAAUUUGGUAAACAAAUGCGCCAUCUUAGAAGAAUACCAGCAGAAGGCAGAAAUGGAACUUGAAUGUCGUCAGAAAGAAAUUAGCAAUCUUCUAGAAGAAAUCAAAACAUUAACAUUAAAAACACAAGAAAUUAUAAAUGACAAAGACAGAGUUAUAGUCCAAGUAAAGGAAGAAAAGGAUGUAAUGAUAAAUACUUUACAUGAACAGCUCAAUAAAGAGAAACAAAACCUAGAUAAUAUUAAAAUAGUAUUAGAUUCAAAACAAGCGGAAGUACUUAAUUUAAAAAAUGAGUUGGAUCAGAAAAAUCAGGAAGAUAAUAUUGUUAAAAUGUUGAGGAAAGAAAACGAAGAGCUAAUCAAACUUAUUGGUCAAAGAGAGACUUUUGCUGCAACUAGUCAGGAGAGAUCGGGUCCCAAAUACUCUGGACAAGCUGAAAAAGAGCGAGAUCAUCACCAACAGGUAGAUAACACUUCUACAGACACACACUCCUCUAUAGAAAGCUACAAAACCAUAACUGACUUGGAAAAGAUCAUCCAAGACAAAAAUCGAACAAUAACAACCCUACAAAGUGACAUCACGUACCUAAAAUCGAUAAUAGCAGAGUCCGAGAACAACCUUCUAGACGUUUCUAAAGAGUUGGAAUUAAGCAAGGAAAACUGUCAACAGCUAUCGAGUCAAUUGAAAAAAAUCGUUCACCAGAAGAAUGAAGAAAUAGCCGAACUAAGAAAACAAGUGACAAAAAUGAGUGUAACAGAAAACAGAGCAAGUCAAAUAAUAAAAGUGUCCGCCAAAUAUCAAGCGAUCAUCUUGAAGAGGAUCGCUGAAAUAAAAUCUAACACUGUAUUGAAGGAGUUGACUAACUUUGGCAAUUCGAACUGUGAUAACGACAUCCGACGCAGUAUUACUGCUGGAACCAUCACUAUGGAAGAUUUGGAAAACUUUCUAGAAACAACAGAAAGGCAUAUACGACGCUGCUCCGACAAGCAAAUCGCUCUACAAAAGGAAAGAGACCGACUCACAGAAAUUAACAGAAUAAGCGAAUCCGAAAUAAUUAAUAUGAGGAAAUUCCUAACGGAACUGUCCGUUAGUAUAAAAACUUUUAAUUCUGUUAAAGACUUGUACACACAAAAACUAAGUAGAGUCGUGUCGAUACAACGGACGGUUAGACGCGAGAUUUUGAGCUUAGAUGGAAGAAUAAAUGACGUCACAAUGUGUAAAUUAGAAAGGGGUUACGCAGCUGUUAUACAGGAUUUGGCAGAAUGUACCAUGAAUUUGGAAAGGUGGAUCGAAAGGUGCGUCUCAAGAACGGUCUCCCCAGAGAAAAUAAAGCAAGCGUUCACAAGCGACGCCGAAAGAAUAUCGCUCGUGUCUGGAACUUUCCAGAACACCAGUCUAGAAGUCCAGAUAGAAGAGUUACAGAAGUCAUUCGAGAAGCUUCUAGAAGACGUUUCGAGAGCGCAGAAAGGCGAAGGCGCGAAAGACACCCAGUCAAUAACUGUGAUGGAAGUCCGUGCGGAAUACGAGGAUAAACUAAAUAGGAUGAAAACUAAAAUGAAACAACUGUACCAAGAACAAAUAGCUGUAUUCAGGGAAAAUCAGAAGAAGGAUAUAGUCGGUUUAGAAAUGGAAUUGCAAAAGACGCAGGACAAACUAAAGGAGUAUGAGGAUCAUAUAAAGAGUUUGACAACAGAAUUGUGGAAGGUUGGUGAGAAGUUCUUGGUGAAGAAAGAUGAGGCAGAUUGGCUUAAGAAGCAACAAAGAUCUGGCUCGCUCAUGUCCUUGCAACAUGUACACUCCUCUGGUCUCGUCCCUCCUCUAGAAGAGCCCACGCGUCCCUCCGAUGCGCACUCCCUGCGAUCGCUGCCCGUUACUAAUCAGAGAGAGGACAAAAACGGGCGGACGCUCCAGAUGUCGGACGAGGAGGGCGAGGUGUUCGACAACCGCUGGCUGCGCGAGCUGGCGACGCCGCGCCACGCCCCCGCGCCCGCGCCCGCGCCCCGCGACCCCGCGCCGCGCCUGUCCGAGCUGCGCUGGCGUAACUCCCUGUGCCCGCCGCAUCUCAAGAGCUCCUACCCUGCUGAGACACAGUUCGCGCCCGCCUUGCAUGAAGAGGAUAUUAAGUGUACUGGCACGAUGUCUCUCGGAGGCAAACCGCAAAGAAAAGAAGUUGGUAUAACAGCGUAUAAGAAGCCCGGACCGCCCACGCCGAGCAAGCAGGCCGGCAGACUGUCCGCUACGGACUCGGAGCUGCGCGAGUCGCUGCGCGUGGAGGCGGAGCCGGGCGCGGGCCGCAAGGCGUCCACGCCCUCGCGCAUCCGCUCGCUGUUCCGAUCUAACAAGAACGACACCGCUGAGGGGACUCCGCGUAGCCGGAGACUUAGCAACAUGUUUAGGAAGAAA